GUCCCAGCUGGUCCAGGACGUUCUGAGCUCCGACACCCGUGCCUGCACCCUCCCCCAGGUGGCCAAGCAAGGACCCAUCACCCCCAAAAACGUGACGGUGGUGGCCGGCACCGACCUGGUGUUGACUUGUCGCUUGGGUUCCAACCUGGCCCAGGCUCUGUGGACCUUUGAAGGCCGGGCUCUGGUGGCCCAACAGGCCCUGGUCCUACAAGAUGCCCGUUUACGGGCUCUGGUGGUCCCGGGGGCCGGUGCCCAACACAGCGGCACGUACCGUUGUUUUUCGGAGGAGCAAGGUGCCCGUUUGGGUGGUGAGGUGUACCAGGUGGCCGUUUUGGCGGGGAACGUGGUGCCCAUGGAGACACGGGCACCUUUGGAGAGUUUGGGGCUGGUGUGGGUGGUGGCCGUUUGCUUGGGCGCCCUGUGCUUGGUGUUGCUCUUGGUGGUGCUCUCCCUUUGGCGACGUUUACGGGAGGAACUGGGCAAAGGGAGCAAAGCCAUCGAGAGCACCUUGGUGUAUCCCAUCGAGUUGCCCAAGGAACCCCCCAGCCCCCGUUUCGUCCCCAGCGCCGCUUCCGAUUCGGAUGAGAAACUUUGGGAUCCGGCCAGUUAUUAUUAUUCCGACGGUUCCCUCAAAAUCGUGCCGGGGCACGCCGCUUGUCGCAACGGUGGGCCACCACUUGCCACCUCCCCCCCUGCCCCCAUCCCCGGGCAACCUCUCCAUUCUCCAACCCGUAUCCACUUGGGUCCAUUGAGGGGUUCUUCUUCCAACGGGUACAUCCGCCUGGCGCUGGGUGCCGAGGAGCGCCCACCCUGCGCCGAUUUAGCCGAGGAGCUGCGCCGCAAACUCCAGCAGCGCCAACCUCUGCCCGAUUCCAACCCCGAGGAGUCCUCGGUCUGAGCUUCCUCCCAUCCUCCCCACCACCACCACCAUCAUCAUCGUCAUCGUCAUCGUCGUCGCCCACCCAAACGUACACGCACACCCCCACCCCCAUCCUCCUUCUUCUCCUCCUCCUC